GGCCCAGCACUCGGUUCUCCGCUUGAAGAAGAUCCCUCUUUUUUCCCUCUAUACUAUAGACCCCUCUAUACCAGGAAAUCGCAAUCGCUUAGUACACUGUAUAGCUGUUGUCUUUCAUAGAGGGUUUAUCGUUGUGUGAUAAAAGAUUUAUACGAUUCAGCUAAAAUAGUAGUAGCUUUAUCAAAUACUCGUCGUCAGCUACUUUCGGGCAGGGCACCCACCCACCUAUCACGACGAUGCAGACUGAUACAAAAACUGUGGCCAUCAUAUACAACCCGGCAACAACUGGGGAAUCAGCGGGCCCAAUAAAACCCACGAAUGCCAGCAACGAUGAUUACGAUCCGCAUCUGAAUCGGAAUGUGAAGAAUCCCACAACGAACGGCCAGACCUUUGCACAUUUUCUGAAGGCAUCUGUGGGCACUGGGGUGCUGGCCAUGCCCAGUGCCUAUUCGCAUGCGGGCUAUGUGAAUGGAACGAUCUUCACAUUGAUUAUAGGGCUGCUGGCGCUGUAUUGCUUGCAUAUAUUGAUCGAUUGCAUGUAUAUCCUGUGCAAGCGUCAGAAGGUGCCGUAUGUCAGCUUCUCGGACGCCAUGAAUCUGGGCCUCAAACAGGGUCCGCCAGGACUGCGCUGCUUGGCGCCCAUUGCCAUACCCUUUGUGGAUGGCUUUCUGGCCUUCUAUCACUUUGGCAUCUGUUGUGUCUAUGUGGUGUUCAUUGCGGAGAGCAUUAAGCAGCUGGUGGAUGAGUAUCUGGUGGUGUGGGAUGUUCGUCUGCAUAUGUGCCUGCUGAUUGUGCCCCUCCUGUUGAUCUACAGCAUCAAGAAUCUGCAGGUGUUGGCUCCCUUUUCCAGUGCUGCCAAUUUGCUGCUGCUUGUGGGCUUUGGCAUCAUUUUGUAUUACAUCUUUGAUGAUUUGCCGCCGUUGAGUGAACGUGCGGCUUUUGUGUCCUACACGGAGUUGCCCACCUUCUUUGGCACUGUGCUGUUCGCUCUGGAGGCUGUGGGAGUGAUCCUUGCCAUUGAGGAGAACAUGGCCACGCCGGGUGACUUUGUGAAGCCCUGUGGCAUCAUGAAUUGGGGCAUGUCCAUUGUGCUGGGCCUCUACGUGCUCUUGGGAUUCUUCGGCUAUUGGAAAUAUGGCAAUGAGUCGCUUGGCAGCAUAACCCUUAACAUUCCACAGUCCGAUAUACCCGCACAGGUGGUGAAGAUCUUCUUUGCCAUCACCACUUGGAUAUCGUAUGCGCUGCAGGGCUAUGUCACGGCCCACAUACUGUGGGGCAAGUACCUGAGCAAACGCAUCAAGGACACCAAAAGGCAUUCCCUAUACGAACUGAUGUUCCGGGCCGUCACUGUGCUGCUGACAUUUGGCUGUGCCAUUGCCAUACCAGAUCUUUCCGUCUUCCUGUCUCUGGUGGGCUCAUUUUGUCUCUCGUUUUUGGGUCUCAUCUUUCCCGCACUGCUGCAGAUCUGCGUGCAAUACGAGCAUGGCUAUGGCCCGCUACGCAUAAAACUAAUCGUUAAUAUUCUGCUGCUAUGCUUUGGCGUCUUUGGUGGCGUUGUGGGCACCUAUGUGAGCAUUUUGGAGAUCGUUGCGGUGUACAAAUAAACACGCGGA